AUGGAUGACUCUACCCAGGCCUCUGCCCAGGCUUCUGUCCACAGAGACGACUUGCUGCGACGUUCCUUGUCCACUCCAGAGCAACGCCCAUCGACCAACGAUGAAGACGCCGAAGCGUCAGCAAUCAUCCCCGGAUACCAACCUGUCGAAGCCACCCACUUCUGGUGGUACUGGGAUUUUGCAGGCGCCUUAGUCGCCGUCGUUUGCAUGAUCCUCAUCGCCGUGACUCUAUCCAAAGCCAACGGAAGCCCGCUGGUCGCUUGGCCCUUGCUCGUAUCCCCCAACACCAUCGUCGCCGUCUUGACGACCGUUGCGAGGACGGCUCUUCUGGUGCCGCUGGGGAGCAGCAUUAGCCAGCUCAAGUGGAGGCACUUACUCCUCAAGGCCCAACCCCUCGAACAUCUCCAAUUAUUUGACAACGCGAGCCGGGGCCCGUGGGGUUCGAUCUUGAUGAUACGGCAUCUACUCGUUCAGUCGAAGCUGGCCUGCGCCCUAUCUUUGGCCACCAUUCUCACGCUCGGCAUCUCCCCGAGCGCGCAACAGAUCCUCGAAUACCCUACCUUAUACCAGGAACUCCCGCACCUUGAUGUUGCCAUCGGCAGGGCCGAUGAGUACUUCUCAAAGGGCUUUCGUCAGCUACCCUUCCAGACAUGGCAAAAGAGAGAUCCGAACGAAGAUCUACCCGCGUUCCAAAGCAAAGUUCUCCAAGCCCUUGCAGGGACCUCGUCCCAGCCGCAAUUUCUCUGCCCGCCGGAAGCGAGUCGCUGCAGUUGGGGCGAGUUUAGCACGCUUGCCGUGUGUCGAGACUUUCGCAAUGUGACGGAGCAGACCAUUCGAAACUGCGACGAUCCGGGCUCGCCACUGCAGUAUUGCAACUACACCAUCCCGCUGGGCGAUGACCGACCCCCUGAAAAUGAUGCCACGUACCAAAUAUCAAUGAGAUAUAUCGACCACGAUGCGUACCUCAGUGCACUGGUCUCAUCUGUGCUCAACACGACCUUCCUGCCCUCCAAGAACCAAGACGGUUGGAUCGGGCAGUUCAUCGUCCUCCGACACCGAGGCAAGAAGUGGGAAGACAAGGGCGAGUGGUUUCCCCCAAGCAAUCCCACCACGCCAGAAGUUCUCGUCACGGACUUCAGGUGGUGUCGAAAGACUUACCGGGGCGUGAAUGCCACAAACGGCGUGAUCGAGAUCCGCGACGAGAACGUCGCCAAGUCCUUCCUUCAGUUCCACGAGAGGAUCGACACUGACAAGGACAACCCCUACGACGUUGACGUCUUCGAGACAUUGGACGGGGGAGACAGAUACAAGUUCACCAGGACAUUGACGUCCGACUUGCCCAGUUAUCUGGAGUACAUCCUCAAGACCGAAUACGGAGAACGCCCAGGAAAUCGAGCCACCAACGAAGCGACGGCGAACUCGCCGAUGCAGAUGCAGCACCUCCUGUACCGGGCUGACAUCGCCAAUCUCACCAGGAACUUGGAGGCGGUCCUCACGGAUCAAGCGCGUAGCAACGACCCCGGGGACAACCGCAACGCGACGACGUUUACGCAGGGGCAGGCGUUCGGGAGUAUGACCUUUAUACGAGUGCGGUGGGCGUGGUUCGCCGUUCCCGUGGCAGCAGUGGUGCUGGGACUGGGCCUGUUCUUGACGACUGUCGUCUUGAGCAGGCAGACGCCGUUGCUGAAGGAUUCUCUUCUCGCUCUGUUGUUUUAUCCUCUGAGGGGCUGGGAGGAAGAUGAAAUCCAUGUGGAGGGAGCGCAGACGAGCGAGAAGCUACAGAAGCUUGCGGGAAGCCUGAAUGGAAGGCUUGAGACUGAUGAGGGUCGGUACAGGAUUGUCAAGCAUGAAAGUGUUGCCAAAGGUGAACCGAAAGGGGAUUUCAGUGGUGGAGAGCAGCAGGGAGCCUGA